AUGGUCCUCCCACAGCACCCCAAUGCCUCGGCGCCAGUGCUCAGCCACUUCUCACUGCAAGGCAAAGUUGCAGCAGUCACCGGCGGUGUCCGGGGCAUCGGGCUCGAAGUGUCGCGCGCCCUGGCCGAAGCCGGCGCCGACGUCGCCGUCAUCUACAGCACGACGAAGACGGCCGACGAGAUCGCUGCGCAGCUGGCACAAGAUACGGGCGCGAAGGUCAAGGCGUACCGCUCCAAAGUCGAAGACAAAGCAGGCAUCGCCGCGACGCUGGACCAGGUUGUUGCCGACUUUGGCAAACUCGACGUCGUGGUUGCGAACGCGGGGGUUUGUGCGCAUCAUCCGGCUGAGGAGUACAGCGAGGAUGACUGGCGCCGCAACAUGAGCGUUAACUUGGACGGCGCGUUUUACACUGCCCAGGCGGCUGCCAAUGUCUUCAAGAAACUGCAGGCCAUUGGUAACGUCAUUUUCACGGCGUCGGUGUCUGCGACCCUGGUCAAUGUCCCCCAGAAACAGGCUGCGUAUAAUGCGUCCAAGGCUGCGGUUGUGCAUUUGGCGAAGAGCUUGGCGGUCGAGUGGGUGGAUUUCUGCAGGGUGAAUUGCGUGAGCCCGGGGUUUAUCGACACGGAUAUGCUGAGUAUACAUCCUGACGAGUGGAAGAAGAAGUGGUUUGAGAUGAUUCCCGGACGGCGGUUGGCCGAUCCUGCGGAGCUCAAAGGGGUAUACGUUUUCCUUGCAAGCAAUGCUAGCAGUUACAUGACAGGAGCCGACCUCAUCAUAGACGGCGGGUACACUUUGCCAUAA